AUGGCGCACAUAACAACCAUCUUGGGGGUGCUGAUGGCGGCUGCAGCAGCGGCGAUGCUGAUAUCGCCGCUCCUUGCUGGAGCAGAAGUUUAUCCGGCGGAGGUGCAAGGGAUGCCCGACUGCGACAUCACCUGUGGCAACAUAAGUGUGCCGUACCCGUUCGGCAUGGGUCCGGCUAGGUGCUACUGGCCGGGGUUCAACCUCACCUGCAACCACACAAGCAACCCGCCCUGGUUGCUGCUCGGCGACGGCACCCUCCAAGUCAAAGAAUUUUCCCUCACUAACUGGUCGACAUUUGUGGCCGUCAUACGCACGGGCGACAUAAAAGUCAAUGGCAAUGGUGAAGGCACACUCGGCGGUGGUCUUACCACCAACGGGCCCUACACGAUUUCAUCCAACAAGCUCAUCCUGCUGGGCUGCAAUGUUCAGGCGACACUCAAGAACAGUGAUGUGAUCGUGAGCAGCUGUUCUUCUUUCUGCAAAAACGGUGAUAGACUCUCCCAUGUGCGAUCCACACUCGAAGAAGGCAUGCAAUGCUCUGGCAGUGGCUGCUGCCAGUCGGACAUUGUCUUCGACCCUGCGGACGUAGUAGGAAGGCUUGCCAGCAGCACGUCCUACGACGUGCAGCUCAAAUGGUUCGGCUGGAACCGCAGCGCGGACCACCAGUGGCCGGCAUACGUCUUCAUUGCGAGGUAUGAUUGGUUCAGCCAUACACCGGUCUUAGAGGAGCUAUUUCGAACAGAUGCCCCUGUGUCAGCGGAUGCAAUACAACUUCCCCUGUUGCUGGAUUGGGAGGUUGUUGGCCAUGGCGCAGAGUGCUCCAACGUCUGCAAGAGCAGGCACAGUGACUGCAUAAAGGGUAAGAGAGGCUACAUAUGCUUAUGCAAUGAUGGCUACCAAGGGAAUCCCUACAUCACCAAUGGAUGCAAAGAUAUCGACGAGUGCAAUGAACAGUACCCUAAAACGUGCUAUGGUGAUUGUACCAAUUCGGAUGGAUCACAUGACUGCCGGUGUCCGCCUGGAACCCAUGGCGACCCUACGAUGCCUGAUGCCUGCUUCAUCAAUUUCGUCCCAGGUAACUGCAGCACAUCCUGCGGUGACAUAAACGUGCCAUACCCCUUCGGAAUUGGCUCUGCCGGUUGCUACUGGCCAGGGUUCAACCUCGCCUGUAAUACAAGCCAACGGCCAGCAAAGCUACUCCUCGUCCUCCAUGAGUACCCCUUCCACGUCACGGAGAUCUCCCUCCAGAACAACACGAUGCGCCUCAGCACCUACUCCAUCAUGCAUAUAGACCCCAGCGAUUCACCUGGUAAUUUUACGUUUUUCAAUUUCUCUGGGACGCCCUACUCACUAUCGACCGGCAACGAGUUCAUCCUGUCGGGCUGCAACCUUCAGGCGACGCUGACUGGGGGUGGCCCUGAGGUUUUCAUCAGUGGUUGUGCCUCCUUCUGCCCCUCCAAUAUAAGUGGCACCGAUGUGGAGACGGCACUGCAGCGUAGAGGAAGAUACUGCAAUGGGAUGGGCUGCUGUCAGGCGAAUAUCCCCAUGUCUUCCAACGACAUUUCCACGUUGUUGAUAGUUCAAAAGCUCAACAAGAAUGAUGGCCAGGAGUUGACGUUGCAGCCCGCGUACAUGCUAAUCGCAGAGGAGGGGUGGUUCGAUCAACAACAGCUGUCCAAGGAGAUAGCAGGGCAGGAGGAAUCCGAAAUACCCAAGGUGCAGGUUCCCGUAGUUCUGCAGUGGGAGGUCAUGCAAGGCUUACCACGACUAGCUAACAUGAAGGUGCAUCCGGGCUGUCCAGUAGAGGUAGUCCGCAAGCUCUGCAAGAGCAAGAACAGCUAUUGCAAACGUGGGAGCAGAGGCUAUUUAUGCCAGUGCAUGGAUGGCUACGACAAGCCUGGCAACAACCCCUACCUCGCCGACGGAUGCAAAGGUGGCCGCAAGCCCUUAUCUACAGGUAUAUACCUCGUCAGCAUAGGAGUUGCUGUUGGGGCAUGCAUCGUACUAUUUCUUCUUGCUGGAUCCUUCACACAUAAGAAGUUCAAACAUCGAAGAGCGCAGAUGUUGAAACAGAAGUUCUUCGAAAAAAACCGUGGACAAUUGUUGCAACAAUUGGUAUCACAAAGAGCUGAUAUUGCAGAAAGAAUGAUUAUAACCUUAGAUGAGCUUGAGAAGGCAACAAACAGAUUUGAUAAAGCUCGCGAGCUUGGUGGUGGUGGGCAUGGCACAGUCUACAAAGGGAUCCUAUCAGAUCUUCAUCUUGUAGCCAUCAAGAAACCAAAGGCGGUGAUUCAAAAGGAGAUUGAUGAAUUCAUUAAUGAGGUUGCUAUCCUAUCACAGAUCAACCAUAGAAAUGUCGUAAAACUCUAUGGUUGUUGCCUUGAAACAGAGGUCCCCAUAUUGGUCUACGAGUUUAUAUCCAACGGCACCCUUUAUGAUCAUCUUCAUAUUGAUGGACCAAGAUCAUUGUCAUGGAAUGAUAGGCUACGGAUAGCAGUUGAGACUGCUAGAUCUUUAGCCUAUCUUCACUCAACAACUUCAGUACCCAUCAUCCAUAGAGAUAUCAAGUCUGCUAACAUACUUUUGGAUGAUACUCUAACAGCAAAGGUCGCAGACUUCGGAGCUUCACGGUAUGUUCCGUUGGAUAGAUCAGGGAUCACAACAAGAGUGCAAGGUACAAGAGGAUAUCUGGACCCUGGGUAUUUCUACACCGGGCGUCUCACAGAAAAAAGUGAUGUGUACAGCUUUGGUGUCUUGCUUCUGGAGUUGUUGACUAGAAAGAAACCAUUUUCAUUCAUCUCUUCGGAAGAUGAAGGCCUCGUUACACAUUUUACUACCUUAUUCACACAAGGCAAAUUAUCAGAGAUACUAGAUCUGCAAGUUAUGGAAGAGGGAGGCAGUGAAAUGGAAGAAGUCGCGGCGCUUGCAGCCAUGUGUAUAACAUUAAGAGGAGAGGAUCGUCCGUCCAUGAAGCAAGUGGAGAUCAAGCUCGAAGGCACUCAAGCAUCUAGGGAACAUGAGGGGGGUAAUGUAAGAAAUUGUCCAGCGACUGCAGAUGGAAGUGGGACCGAGGAGUUAUCCAGACAGUAUAGUAUGGAAGAGGAGUUCAUGUUAUCUUCAAGGUAUCCUCGGUAG